AUGAAUAACUUAAGUAUUGAUGGUAUUAAUAUAAUAUUUAAUCAUUCAAAUGUCUCUCCAGAAAAUUUUGGAAUACUUCUAAGAUAUAUUUAUGGAGGAAAUAUAGAAUUAACAAAUUAUGAUAUACCAGAAAUUUUAAACAUUUUAAUGGUAGCAGAUAAAUUAGGUCUUACAGAUUUAUGUGAUUAUAUUCAAGAUCAACUUUUGGAUUCUAAGAAAGAACUCUUAAAACAAAAUUUCGUUUUUGUGAAUAGGACAUCUCUAUCUUAUGGCUUUGAAAAAUUAUCAACAUUCUGCAAUGAAGUUUUAAAACAAGAACCUAAAAUUAUUUUUCGUUCAAAGAGUUUUACAUCAUUUACUUCAGAUGAACUUUUAAGUUAUUAUAAUUAUUUUAAAGAAGUCAAAGAAGCCAGUAAUAGUUUUCAAAUUGAACAAAUUGAAUUAUGGGAAAGACUCAAAGAGUGGGGUAUUUGUCAAUUACCUAAUUCGGAAAUUUCAAAAGAGAAUUUUCAGUCACCAUUACUUAAUACAUUAAAUUUAAAUCAAUCAUCACAUCCAUUAGAAUCAAUUGAACCCGAACCAUUAGAAAUGAAUUCAGAUUUAGUUACUUCAACAUAUUUUGAAUUAUUUACAAAAUGGAUUAAUGAGAUUAAUUCCAAAAAAAAUUCAUUUAAAUUCAAUUUAUUAUUACGUGGAUCUUAUCAUGGUUUUAACGCAAAAACAUUUCAUGAUCUUUGUGAUUAUAAAGGUGCAACGAUAACAAUUGUUAAAGUAAAAAAUAGUAAUGAACUUAUUGGUGGUUAUAAUCCUAUUAAUUGGUUUCGAGGUUGUCCACCUGGAGUUCACGAAAGAGCUAAAAAUAGUUUUUUAUUUUCUCUUGAUCAAAAUGAUUUAAAUAAGUCAAUCCUUAGUAAAGUGGUUGACGAAAACAAUGCUAUCCAUCAACAUAAAGAUUUUGGUCCAUCUUUUGGUUUCGGAAGGAGUGAUUUAAGAUUAUAUGGUAUGGGACUUAGUGACAAAAAGUUAUGUGGUUGUAAUAAAAUGAGUUAUGAAAGAAGGAUUAGAUCUUCGACAUUAGAAUUUGGUAUAGAAGAUUAUGAAGUUUGGCAAGUAGUUAAAGAAUAA